UUCUGUCCCAGCUUUUGGCGUUUGCUCAAUUCAUGUUGUGUCUGUGCCUCUACAGCAGUAAAGAGUUACUUACACUUGGCAGCUGCGCUGCGAUACCCUGUAACUUGCAGAGUAGAAGAUGGCAGAUUUUGGGGACGAUACCGGAGCCCGAGCUUUGCUGGCGCUUAAGUCCGCGCCCUGUAGCCCCGUGCGUGGUGGGGCUCCGUCCGGUUACUCGUUGCCUGCCAACUCGGUGGGGAUCGCCCCGAUACCGCUCUCCCCACCGCCGCGGGCCCUAGCUCGCCUGGAAGGCCGGGGCUUUGAGUUCAUGAUGCGACAGAAGACAGUGACGGUUGGAAGGAACUCAUCGCACGGUUCAGUAGACGUAAAUAUGGGCCAUUCGAGCUUCAUCUCCCGGCGACACUUGCAGAUUACUUUUGAGGAGCCACAUUUUUACUUGAGGUGUUUGGGCAAAAACGGCGUGUUCGUGGACGGUGUCUUCCAGAGGAGAGGGGCUCCCCCACUGUUGCUACCUAGAGAGUGUACUUUUCGGUUUCCCAGCACUGUCAUUAAGAUCCAGUUUACUGCACUGUAUCAUAAAGAAGAAGUAAAAGAAGAAGUUGCCCUUUCACCUGUACGAACGCUCUACCCUCAAAUAUCACCUCUAAAAAUUAACAUUCCUGAACCAGACUUUAGGAGUUUAAUCAGUCCACUGCCUUCGCCGACUGGAACCAUUAGUGUUCCUAAUUCCUGUCCAGCCAGUCCACGAGGUGCUGGAUCGUCUGGAUAUCGAUUUGGGCGUAAUAUUACCACAGACCUGCAGCUGGCUGCAGAGUUUGCAGCAAAGGCAGCUUCAGAGCAACAAGGAGACACAUCUGGAGGAGACAGUCCUAAGGAUGAAUCAAAGCCUCCAUAUUCAUAUGCACAACUUAUUGUUCAAGCUAUCUCUUCAGCUCAGGACAGACAGUUAACACUAAGUGGAAUCUACACUCAUAUAACCAAGCAUUACCCUUAUUACAGGACUGCAGACAAAGGCUGGCAGAAUUCUAUCCGGCACAAUCUGUCGUUGAACCGUUACUUUAUCAAAGUGCCCAGAUCUCAAGAAGAGCCAGGAAAAGGUUCCUUCUGGAGAAUUGACCCUGCAUCAGAGUCAAAACUGGUUGAACAAGCGUUCCGAAAAAGACGGCAGAGGGGAGUUUCAUGUUUCCGAACACCUUUUGGACCGUUAUCAUCAAGGAGUGCGCCUGCAUCUCCCACGCAUCCUGGCUUGCUGUCACCUCAUUCUAGUGGUUUACAGACGCCGGAGUCUAUGUCUCGAGAAGGAUCGCCAAUCCCUCAUGAUCAUGACUUUGGAUCUAAGCUUGCAUCUGUACCGGAAUAUCGAUACUCACAGAGUGCACCAGGAUCUCCAGUUAGUAGCCAACCAGUUAUAAUGGCAGUCCCACCACCGCCCACUGUUGUAGCUAAACCGUUGGCUUAUGUUCCUGCAUCCCUAGUAACCUCUCAGCAGCCUUCAGGUCAUGCUAUUCAUGUUGUUCAGCAAGCGCCAACAGUAACUAUGGUGCGGGUGGUCACAUCCUCUGCCAACUCAUCGAAUGGCUAUAUCCUAGCCAAUACAAAUCCUUCUGGAAGUGUACAAGGAGGAGGAGAGAAUGUUGGCAAGACUGAGGAGAAGCCCGUAGUUACUUAUACAACUAUUCCAACUGCCAGUCGAGUGAUCCAGGCAGUCAGCAGCCACAUGCAUCCAAGCACCGGAGGGCAGACAUUCACCAUUGUCCAACAGGCAGCACCUGUUAAUUUAGGCCAGCAUCAGCUUCCUGUCAGAGCAGUCACUCAGAAUGGCAAGCAUGCACUACCAGUGACCAGUGUUAGUGGAAAUACGUAUGCUCUCAGCAAUCCAUUGCAAAUCUUAGCUGCACAAGCAAGCACCUCACCGCCUGUCGUGGUAAGCAAGGUACCCAAUGUGGAGGGAGAGCAGCCGGCUCCUUCCACUGGUGAGCCAGAGGCUAAACGCCCUAAACUAGAAGAUGGAAAUGGUGCAUCAGUUCCUCAACCUGUAAUUAUGUCUUUGACAUCACAACCACAGGAUGCUAGUGAUUAAAUGACACACAAAUACAGACAAGCAGCUCAUCACUGACAAAGAUGCGUAUGUUUGUUCUACAGUACCAGAAGCCCAAAGUGCCAAAAAAGGGACAGGAGUCUCUUAUUAUGAACUUAAAAUAUUAGAGAAAUGAAUCAAAAAAGCAAUUCAUUUAUAGACAAGUGAUUGUAUUUUUGGGCCGGGGCCGGGGAGUUACUAAAUGUGAUGUAACAGGGUAUUUUUUUAUAUAUAAAAUAUUUAUACAUCAAGUCAAAACGUAGGAUUUGCCACCAUUUUGUUAUCCUUGAAUAAUUAUUUUUUUAUAAUGUUGCUGCCUUCUGAGAUGUGUUAUGUCAUUUCUCCAAAGUCCUCAACAUUGCAGCAUUAAUGUAGAAAUAGAUCUUUUGAAAUUGUAACUUAUACUGGUAAGUUGUAUUGGGUCUGGGAGGGACCAAAUAUAUGCAGCUGUCUCAUUUGUACAGAAAUGUGUUCACGGGGGAGGACACAAGCAGAAGGCGUUGUGUUGACUUCAGAUACAAGUCAAGUGUUCUAAAAAGAAUUGUCUUUGUCUUGUUUAAAUUGUACUUCUUAGUCAGAUGAUAUUUUCAUGACUAGCAGGAAAAGGGAUGUUGGGGUAUGUAACUUUCUAGCUUCAGUGCAAAGUAACCAUAAAAUCUGACUUUUUCCUCCCCUGUGAUAGCAUUUAUUGUUUAUAUUUAAGUGUGUGAAUUUCUUAUGCAACGAGAUAAAUGCAUACACACAAACACGUUUAAAAGAAAAACAUCAUUUGAAUUUAUGAAUUGAUAUUCCAUUAUUGGAAUAGCAUACAGAAUUAUGUUUUAAAACUUUAUAAUACUGUACCAUUUUAACAGCAACAUGAAUGCUGUUUGAAAAUGGUCAGUUAUGUAUCACGCAUUAGCAUGCUUCAGAAAGUGGAGCAUUUCCUACCUCUGAUGGCUCCACUUGAGGUCGGCAGUUGGUCCUGCUAUGUAGAGCAGAGGAAAACUAAGUUGGUGUACAGAAUGGAAACUAACAAGAGACGUCCAAACUCAGUGUGUAGGAAUACUACACAUCAUUCUCCCCUUCUGAUGAUGGAGAAAAGUCAAAAGUGUAGAUCCCGGAAUGUUUGUGACAGAUAAAAGGGAGACAACACACCAAUGCCGCAGUUUAAUAAGGAGAUUAGGCAGAAUAGGCUGGAGCUGAAGCUGAAACCUAUACAAUAUGAUUUUUUUUUGGGUUUGUCUCUCAGCAACAGUAAGGAAAAAAAUUUUCUUUUUAAUUUUGUAUCAAGGUACAGAGUUAGCAGAAUAUUAUUUAAUUAUGGAUUAACCUGCUUGUACCGUAAAGGUGCAGAUUUGGGGCAAGUUCAAAUAAAUAUGCAUGAAUUUUCAAAAAAAGGAAUGUCAUGCAGCAGCUUGUAAAAUAUAAACGAGUGGUCCCUUGGAAUGUUCUGAACAGCACUUGAGCUAGACUUUGAAUUUGAAAUAUUUCCAAGUACACAGCACCUUUCUCCUGUACCAUGUAUGAAGACAAGGAAAUACCUAGUAAGAAGGAACUGUGGAGAGAGGGAGAUGGGAUGAAGUAAGCCACCGUGGUAGCAAAGUUAAGUGCCUUGCCUCACCCUGUUGCUUUGAUUUUACAGGGCUGGCAAGCAUAUUUUGUUUGUACAUUUUAAAAAUUGUGCUUGGGGUGAACCCUUUAGGAGCACAGUUUGAAAUGUUUGAAUUAACUGGGAGGAGUGUAUGUGAAAUAAACACCAUUCACCAUAAGCUUGUGCAUUUACAUGUCAAAAUGGUCAAUGCCUCACGUAUUCUAUUCCAUAAUUUUCAAAGGUGUAACAAAAAGUUAUCAAAGGUUAAAUACUAGCUUUUAUUUAAAUUUUUGUGACACAUAUUUAAUAAUAAGCUGUUCAAACUGUUUGUCAUAGUGUGCCAAGAAGCCUCCAAAAUGUAUUGGGCACGUAGCUUUUUUUUUUUUUUGCAGGUUUCAUCUGUCCAGGUGCCUUAAAUACAUUCAGAAUUGUUGCAUUAUAUCACUCAUGAAUUUUUGUCUGUAAAAAGAAAAGUAAAAUGGUUUCUAGUGUUAAAAAUAUUUUAAAAUAUAGAAGUAACAUUUUAACAUC